AUGAACAUAUUCCCUACCCUCUGCCCCCCCUUCGUCACACUUACACUUUCUUGUCAUCUCACUCUUUCGCCCAUCCCACCCGUCAACAUCCGACACCACCAAAACUAUUUCCUCUUCACAGUCACGCAGCCUAACUCAUCAGGCAGGGCAGAUUCAUUGCGCUCUACACGUUCACUCUCUACACCCCAGAGGCAAACGGUGCGCGGCAGGCAAGGUUCAAGCAUCGAUACAGACGGAUAUCCCUACCCGUCCAGCAUUCUUGACUUGAACUGGCAUUUAUACUGGGUUUAG